AUGUCCGUCGACAAGGAAGAACUGGUGCAACGCGCCAAGUUGGCGGAGCAGGCUGAGCGAUAUGACGACAUGGCGGCCGCGAUGAAAGAAGUCACUGAAACCGGCGUCGAGCUCAGCAACGAAGAAAGAAACCUUCUUUCCGUUGCCUAUAAGAACGUGGUGGGCGCUCGGCGGUCAUCGUGGCGAGUAAUCUCCUCCAUUGAACAGAAAACCGAAGGCUCUGAAAGAAAACAACAGAUGGCAAAAGAAUAUAGGGUUAAAGUAGAAAAAGAGCUCAGAGAAAUCUGCUACGACGUCUUGAAUCUACUUGAUAAACACCUAAUCCCUAAAGCUAGUAAUCCAGAAAGUAAAGUAUUUUACCUUAAAAUGAAGGGAGAUUACUACAGGUACCUUGCCGAAGUGGCCACAGGAGAAACCAGAAAUUCUGUUGUAGACGAUUCACAGAAAGCAUACCAAGAUGCUUUCGAAAUCAGCAAGGCGAAAAUGCAGCCCACACACCCAAUAAGGCUCGGGUUGGCGUUAAAUUUCUCCGUGUUCUAUUAUGAGAUAUUAAAUUCACCAGACAAGGCGUGUCAGCUCGCCAAACAGGCAUUCGACGACGCCAUCGCCGAGCUGGACACACUUAACGAGGACUCUUACAAGGACUCGACCCUGAUCAUGCAGCUGCUGCGGGACAACCUGACGCUGUGGACGUCGGACACGCAGGGCGACGGCGACGAGCCGGCCGAGGGCGGCGACAAC